GCGCCGAGGCUUAACAACGUCCCGUGGGUCUUUUCUUCCCCAUGCGAUUCUGUGAUCGUCCGCUCCGCGUGGAUGAGCUUGGCGGCCCAGUCUUUCCGACCCCUAAAAAUUCCGUCGAUCCUUGAUUCAUUUGAAUGCCACAUCUCACUUUAGCUACAUAUAUUGAAAAAGCCCUGAAUACUACGCCAUGCGAACUUCCCGAGCAUCGAAACAGUCUGAGAAAGUCUUGCAGGCUCUUUCGCCUCCCGUGCGCCGGCAAACGCGCAGUUCGUCCAAUAUAAAUGCGCUGCGCAGUUUCGCGUAUAGCGGAGGCUCUAAUGGUCAUGUUGAACCUAAAUUACCUGCAAGUGAUGAUGAUACCUCAUCUCUCUCGUCUGUCAAUACAGUGGAUAUUGAGGAUAUCAUGGAACCCCCGGCGAAACGGCAAAAAAACAAAGUAAACUCUUCGCCACCGCGGAGAACUAGCUCUCGCCCUCCGGCAAGGGUUACCGACAGAACGGCUGAAAAAUCCGUCAAAACUGAGACCGUACAGAAAGCACGUCGGGUCCCUGCUCGGAAAAUCAAAGAUGAAGAUGGCGCAUUCAAAGUAGAGCCGCCCUCCAACUGGGACACAAUGUACAGCAUUGUCAAAAAGAUGCGUGAGGCUAAUCCGACGGCUCCGGUUGACACAAUGGGCUGUGCUGAACUGUAUUGGCGAGCGUCAUCCCCGCGCGAUCGACGGUUCCAGACUCUGAUUGCACUGAUGCUGUCAUCGCAAACGAAGGACACAGUUACGGCUGUGGCUAUGCAGCGUUUGCACACCGAACUUGGCAAUGGUGAAGCUCCUCUAGUGGAAACCAGUGUGAUCAAAAAAGAAACAGAAGACCCAUCUGAACCAGUGAAACCUCUUAAAGAUAGUACUCUGAACCUUGAGAAUAUCCUGGCGGUCUCACCUGAGCGACUGAACGAACUGAUCAGGACGGUGGGGUUCCAUAAUAACAAGACCAAAUACAUUAAGGCAGCGGCCGUCAUUCUUCGCGAUCAGUACCAUGGUGAUAUCCCAGAUACUGCCGACGAGCUGAUGAAGCUCCCAGGGGUAGGUCCAAAGAUGGCAUAUCUCUGUAUGAGUGCUGCUUGGGGAAAGCAUGAAGGCAUUGGAGUCGAUGUGCACGUUCAUCGUAUCACGAACCUCUGGGGCUGGCACAAGACGAAGACGCCGGAGGAGACUCGCAAGGCGCUGGAAUCAUGGCUACCCAAAGACAAAUGGCAUGAAAUCAAUAAGCUGCUUGUUGGGCUGGGGCAGACGGCCUGCUUACCAGUAGGAAGGAAAUGCGGCAAUUGUGACCUCGCAGGGACAAAAUUAUGCAAGAGUGAAAUCAAAGGACUGGUUCCUAACAAGAAAAAUCUAAUUACGGUACCGAAAGAUGAGAGUGUUGAAGGCGGAGUGGAAAUAAAAAUCGAGGGGGAGUGAGUUGAGUGCCCCAGGCACGAGGCACGAGAUGUGGCUAUUUACUACUAGGGGAUUUCCUCUUUACAACUACUAAUAUUCAAAUUCAACUUUGCACACAUGGACGGGCUUUCUUCAUUUCCUCUCUUUCCUCCCGCCCCGCUCCCAUGUAGUCAACCUCGCUACCAUUUCUCUUACCUCUCUUGCAAUGCCUCGACUAACU